ACACAGUGUGGAACGGACCUUCCAGUUUUGACGUCAAAUUGUCCUCGAACAUUACACAUUUAUUUUUUCUUCUGUUGAUCACAAAGGAUCAGGUCAAAAGUUGAAAACAUGGCGAACUUAGGAGAAGUAACUUACAGAUUCUCUACAGAGACGGAUUAUGACGCCAUCCGGAACAUCGACACGGGAUUGGGCUCGCAAAUGGAAUACAUCAUAGAGAAAUACACCAGCUUUUUAAAGAAACCAAGCUUCUUUGGGGCUGUAGCAGAGUUGAACGGCGAAGUGAUUGCCUUUGGAGCAGUCACUCUUCAGAUGGAAGGCACCAAGCUGUACUGCAGAUCCGGGCGAGUGAAGGAACGUUUCCGAAAUAACGGAAUAUACGGACAGAUAGGGGCGUUUUUCCGGAGGGCUGUAAGAACAUCCGGCUAUCCGGAUAUCAAGGUUGAGGAGUUCACAACUCACGACACUAAUCCGUCCCUGCAUAAGCUACAGCGAAGUCCGGAUUAUCGCCAGGUUUUUGAACGGCCAUUCUUGACCUUUGAGCUGACUCCAAAAUCACAGGCCAUUAUCAAAAAUACUGAACAUCGCCCUGAGAAUGUGCGCGAGAUUGGACUUGAAGGACUCAAAACUAUACUUGAAAACAAAUCCCUGCGUCAGUCGCUUUUCCCUGUAAGGGUGUUUGUAGGUUUCGUCACAUUUGAACCGGUGCUGAGUGAGCUGGAACUGAUUGCUGAUUACCAUCCGUACAUAGUAGCCUCCCUUGGGGAGCGCGAGACGGAUGUGUUGCAAAUGACGAUUGGUGUUGCUGUAACAACCAAGUGUUACGUGAUUCAGUGGAUUGUGCCCUCUGAUAGUGACGUCACACGCGUUGCUCGGGGAUUCGGUGAAAACUUAAACACACAGCUAAGGCGCAUGCGCGAGAUGAACAGUGGCGGGUGGUGCAUGAUUGUAUGUGAUAGACCUUACAAACACGUAGUAGAGAAAACUGCAGACAUGUAUGGAUUCGUAACAGUGGAGCCUUGGUCUGAAUGCUUUGUGGGGUUUGUAGCUUUCGGUGGAGCCUACGUCCAUCACAGCGGAGAAAAGAUCAUCACCAAAGGUGGAAGAGUCAAGGACAAAUGGAGAGGCAAAGGGAUUUACGGUCGCCUGCAGGCACGGCUCCAGGCGGAAGUGACGUCAGUGUACCCUAAUGUUAAAACAAGGGAGUUUUUCACAGGUUCUCAAAACCCAGCCAUUCAGAAUCUGAUCUACAACAAGAAAUACAAAGAGAUCUUCCGUCAGGCGAUUGUUCUAUUUCGACCCGGAAGCGAAUUGAAACAUCCCAACGCCACUGCUACUGAUAUAGGUGUGCAUGGACUGGCCGAGAUUCUCAAGGAUCCGAGCAGGCGCACCAGCAUAUUUCCGGACAAAAUUUUCGUUGUCUGGGAGAUGUACGACCCGGAUGUGAAUGAGAUUGAGGACAUCGUAAAAAUACGUCCAUGUGUGCUGCUUUCUACAAUUCGCAGUAUCGAUAUAGUCACUGUUGGUGGGUAUUACGAAUCUGCCAAUGGUGGCUUGAUAUACGUAAUGCAAUGUCACGCACCGUACGAUGCUGACGUCACAGGCGUGAUAGAGGCCCUGUUGGCUCACAUUCCACAUCAUGUGACUAUUGCCACCAGUUGUCUGGCCAAUCAGUGUACCUUGGUUUUCGUUUGUCCGCACAUACAUCGCCAAGCUCUUCAGCAAGCUGCACUUGAUUUGGGACUGGAGAAAAUUCCAUUUUUCGAAGAUACGUUAAUUGGAUACUCUUGUGAUUUAAACUAA